AUGGGUAGAGGGAAGAUCGAGAUCAAGAGGAUUGAGAACGCCAAUAGCAGGCAAGUAACGUUCUCGAAGAGAAGAAGUGGUCUUCUCAAGAAGGCUCAAGAACUUGCCAUUCUCUGCGAUGCUGAGGUUGCCGUUAUAAUCUUCUCCAACACUGGCAAGCUUUUCGAGUUCUCCAGUUGUGGUAUGAACAGAACGCUCUCAAGGUAUAAUAAGUGUGUAGAUUGUCCUGACGCUCCUAUUGUAUCGAAAGCAGAGAAGCAAGAUUCCAAGGAGGUGGAUGUUCUGAAAGACGAAAUUGCAAAGCUACAAACGAAACAACUUCGUCUGUUGGGUAAGGACCUUGGCGGAUUGAGCUUGAAAGAAUUGCAGCACCUAGAACAGCAAGUAAAUGAAGGGCUAUCGUCGGUGAAGGAGAGAAAGGAGCAACUGCUGAUGGAGCAACUAGAGCAAUCGAGAAUGCAGGAACAGCGUGCUAUACUUGAGAAUGAAACCUUGCGUAGACAGAUUGAGGAACUUCGAUGUUUAUUUCCUCGAACCGAAUGCACAGUCCCAUCCUAUCUUGAAUACUAUCCCAUAGAAAAGAAAAAUCCCAUUGCAAACCACAGUGGCAUUGGCCAAGAUGUGGCCUCCACUUUUGCAGUUGAGAAAGGAGAUUCUGACACCACUUUGCAUUUAGGGCUUUCUAAUGAUGUUUAUAGGAAGAUGAAGGCUCCUGAGCAAGAAAUGCAAUCCAAUGACUCAGGAAGCCACAUGAGCUUACUUUGAUCUCUUUUUUAUACAAUCAGCAGAACUGAAAUGAAUCUGAUCAUUUUUCUAGUUUGGCAAUUUUUGUUGACAACCCCGUAACAAGAUUAUGUAGGCAAAGUGAGUUCAGACAGGUGUUUCUUUUAGG